AGAUCUUACUUUGAAUUCAAAUGUGAAUGCAUCUCUUACAAUUUAGUCUUGAUUAUGAGAUGCUGGAAGAAGAUCAUAUUAAAGAUCAGUUGAAAAAAAAUGCAUUACAUAUACUAUAUAGUAUUAUUCCUUUGUGGAAACCUUACAUAUCAAGCCGAAAGUUCAAGUUCAACAACAAAUAUAUACGAAAAUGCUGAACAACUAAUUUCAAGUUUAAAGAAAGAAUUGUCUAGGCUGAGAGCAGAUUUGACAGCACAAAAAACUGAAGGAGCGGCUCAUCCCCCAUCAUGCCUGGCGGCUAUGAUCAAUACAGAUGGUAUAUAUACCAUCUGGGUGCCGGGUCUGAAGCCUUUUCCUGUGGCCUGUGACACGAGGAUAGCGGGCGCUGGCUGGACAGUGAUCCAGAGACGUCAGGAUGGCAGUGAGAACUUUUAUCGCAGCUGGUCUGAGUACCAGGCGGGUUUUGGUCAACUAAAUGGGGAAUUCUUUAUUGGUCUCGAGAAGCUGCAUCACAUAACGAAUGCCGAACCCUACGAGCUAUAUAUACAUCUGGAGGACUUUGACGGCGAGACUCAUUAUGCGAAAUACGAUAGAUUCCUGGUGGCAAAUGAAUCUGAGUCAUAUGCGCUGAGUCAAUUGGGUAAAUUUACUGGGGAUGCUGGAGAUUCGCUGAGCUAUCACGUGGGAAAAGCGUUCUCGACAUUUGAUAACGAUAAGACCGGCAAGAACUGUGCCCUGACUAAUGUCGGCGCCUGGUGGUACAAUCAAUGUCAACAUAGCAAUUUGAAUGGUCAGUAUAUGGUCAGCGGUAGCUAUGAGAAGAAGCUAACGGGUCGCGGUAUUUGCUGGAAGACCUGGCGGGGCUACGAUUACGGCUAUAAGCGCACACAAAUGAUGAUAAGGCCAAGGUGUAGGAGCAGCUUCAGCCAGAGCUAAUUAUUAUUUAUUCAAUUUCAUUAAACACAUUCAAUAUGCAAAAUAACAACAA